GACUGCUGCUACUGCUGCUGUACAGCUGUUCUAACUGGAGCACACUCACUGUCCAUGUUAGCCAUCAACUGUUCCUGCUGCCUGUCAAGUCUGCAUUUUGGCCUAGACUGAAAAUUGGACACUAAAAUACUAGAAACUGGGCGAGCAUGUUCUCCUCUUUUACAUCAGUGCUGCUGGUCACAGCGUUGUCCAGCAUGUGGGCUCAAGAUUUCUAUGAUGAGAGGAAAACUUACAAGAAAUCCAGGGUCAAACCUUUGGCUGCAAGUAUCCAUGAUGGACAAGCUAUCCUUGAUGAGGACUGCAACUUGGAGCUCUCCUUCCUGUUGGACAGUUCUGAAAGUGCUAAAGACAAUCAUGAGCAGGAAAAGCGGUUUGCUAUGGACAUGGUCGAAAGACUCCAAGGUGCACGGCUGCAGACCAGCCGACACCUGAGCUCAAGGGUGGCCCUGCUGCAAUACAGCAGCCAUGUUAUCAAAGAGCAAACCUUCAGAGACUGGAGAGGAGCAGAUAACUUCAAAAACCAGAUUGCACCCAUCGUCUACAUUGGACAUGGCACCUACACGACCUAUGCCAUCACCAACAUGACCAAAAUCUACCAGGAGGAAUCUAGACCUUCCAGUACCAAAGUAGUAGUGCUGCUCACUGAUGGUGUUUCCCACCCAAGGAACCCGGACAUUUUAUCUGCUGUCGCAGAUGCCAAGAACCAGGGCAUCAAAUUCUUCAUUCUGGGCAUCACCCGGGCGGCCAAUGAGCCAACUAAUGUAGCAGAGCUCCGUCUGCUUGCCAGCUCCCCACUCUCCCGCUUCCUCCAUAAUCUACAGGACGUAGACAUAGUGGAAAAAAUUUUCACUGAAGUUACUGCCAUAGCUGAUGAAGGGUGCCCUGUGGCUCAAAGAUGUACUUGUGAGAAAGGAGAAAGGGGAUUCAGCGGGCCUGCGGGGAAGAAAGGUCGCCCUGGUGAUGAUGGAGCUCCAGGGCUGAAAGGGCAAAAGGGGGAAGCAGGAUUAAGUGGAGUACCUGGGCGAGAGGGCGCUGAGGGAAAAUCAGGUUACAAAGGAGAGAAGGGUGAGAGGGGUGAGUGCGGCACUCCAGGAAUCAAAGGAGACAGGGGUCCAGAAGGUUCAGGUGGAGCAAGAGGACCAAGAGGUCUGCAGGGCUUACCAGGACCACCAGGAGACAUUGGACCAGAGGGCCUUCAGGGAAAGCAGGGUGAACGGGGCCCAACUGGCCCUCCGGGAAUACAGGGGGAAACUGGGAUUGGACUUCCUGGACCAAAAGGUGACAUGGGAUUCCAGGGCCGACCAGGUCCUUCUGGUCCUCCGGGACUGGGUGAUCAUGGCCCUCCUGGACCUCAAGGACAGCAGGGUGUUCAAGGGGAAAAAGGACCCCAAGGCGAAGGGUUUCCUGGACCAAAGGGAGAUCGAGGACUACCAGGUCUGAGGGGGCCAAGGGGACAACAGGGUGUGGGCAUCAAAGGAGAAAAGGGGGAACUGGGGCCCCCAGGUCAUCCUGGGCCAGUUGGACCAACAGGAGUGGGCAUACAGGGGGAGAAGGGAAUCGAGGGGCCAAGAGGUCCACCAGGAGUAAGAGGAGUUCCAGGAGAAGGUUUACCUGGACCUAAGGGUGACCAAGGCUUACCAGGAGAACAAGGGGCUCCAGGAGAGAGGGGCAUUGGUGAACCUGGACCAAAGGGAGAACCUGGAUCAGCAGGACUGGGUGGUCUACCUGGUCUUCCAGGAGAAGAUGGAGCUCCGGGGCAGAAGGGGGAACCUGGAUUACCUGGUUUAAGAGGUCCUGAGGGAGCACAAGGAAUUGGCAUUCAAGGAGAAAAGGGUGACCAGGGUCUAAGAGGUAUCCGUGGGUUACAUGGGCCUCCUGGGAUCUCAGGACCUUCUGGACCAAAAGGUGAACGUGGGACUCCAGGUCCACAGGGUUUGCCGGGGAAGCCCGGAGUUUCUGUUACAGGUCCAAAGGGAGAACUUGGUCCUCCUGGUCCUUCAGGUCCCAUUGGGGAAACAGGCAUUGGACUUCCAGGUCCAAAGGGUGAUCAUGGUCAUCCUGGUUUGCCAGGUCCAAAUGGUCCAAAAGGCGAAGGCAUUCAAGGCCCCAUGGGUCCCCCAGGUAUGCCAGGUUUGCCAGGUGAGCCCGGUUCAGAGGGAGUGGGAAUUCCUGGCCCUAAGGGAGACAUCGGCUUUAGAGGACUGCCAGGUUUGCCCGGCCCACCUGGAGAGGGCUUGCAAGGGCCACCAGGUAAUACUGGGAGGCCAGGACCUGCAGGCCCAGCUGGACCUCCAGGAGAAGGUAUUCAAGGUCCAAAGGGUGAGCCAGGAUCUCAAGGCAUGACAGGGCCUAGAGGUCCACAAGGAGAUGGGCUUCCUGGACCAAAGGGUGAUCGCGGGUCACAGGGUGAGAGGGGAAUGAAGGGUACAAAAGGAGACGUGGGAGACCCUGGAGUCACAGGUGAAAUGGGAAGACCAGGGUCAAAAGGAGAACCAGGCCUGACAAGAGAAGACAUUAUUAAGAUGAUCAAAGAAAUAUGUGGCUGUGGCAUCAAGUGCAAAGAAAGGCCAAUGGAGCUGGUGUUUGUAAUCGACAGCUCAGAGAGUGUGGGCCCUGAGAAUUUUAAGAUCAUCAAAGACUUUGUCACAAGGCUGGUGGACAGGACCACAGUUGGACGUAAUGCCACCAGAAUUGGACUGGUCCUCUACAGUCUGGACGUCCAGUUAGUCUUCAACUUGGCUCGUUACAUUAGCAAAGAGGAUGUCAAGCAUGCAAUCAGAAAGAUGCCUUACAUGGGUGAAGGCACUUACACAGGCACUGCUAUAAGAAAAGCAACUCAGGAGGCCUUCUUCAGCGCACGGUCUGGAGUCAGAAAAGUAGCCAUUGUCAUCACGGAUGGUCAGGCGGAUAAAAGAGAGCCUGUGAAGCUUGAUAUAGCUGUGCGGGAGGCUCAUGCUGCAAACAUUGAGAUGUAUGCUCUGGGAAUUGUCAAUUCUACUGAUCCUACACAGGCGGAGUUCUUGCGAGAACUCAAUCUCAUUGCAUCUGACCCAGACAGCGAACACAUGUACCUUAUUGAUGACUUCAAUACACUACCAGCCCUGGAGUCUCAACUCGUCAACCAGUUCUGUGAAGAUGAAAAUGGUGCUUUAAUUUACAAUCAAAUCACAAAUGGGGCUUGGAAUGGCAACAGUGGGCAUGGUUUUAAUAGAAUUAAUGGAGAGAAAACUACAGGAUAUAAUAGCCAUCACAGUAGUGCUCAUGGCUAUGGUAACAAUGGAUAUGGGAAUAAUUACCAAGAAGAGAUCCAAAAUCAGAGACGAACCAACAGCAGAGGUCGUGGUGACACUUUUACUCUGCCAAUUAGUGCUGAUCCUCUACCUCUUCAGGUGGUGGAGGAUGAUGACGGUGAAGAUUUAGACUUAAGGGCUCAAUUGCAAGGUGGUAACACUGUGUCUGUUCUGAACAAAACAACUUUGUCAUCACCUAAAAGAGAGAACUCAGUCUCCACUGAGACAGACUUACCAUCAGCAUCAUCAGUAUCUUCAUCUGCGACAUCUUUGUCAACACUGGACUCGGAUUCAUCCUCAGGCCCAAGCAAGUUGCAGCCUGUAGCGAGUCCAGUCCUGUCUGAAGAGAUUCCCCCUCUUGAUCCGCGCUGUAACCUCACCUUGAGCCAAGGCACCUGCCGAGACUACAUCAUUCGCUGGUACUAUGAUGUACAAGCCAACGCCUGUGCACAGUUUUGGUAUGGAGGCUGUGGGGGAAAUGACAACCGCUACGAAACUGAGGAUGAAUGCAGGAGAACUUGUGUUGUUUUCAAAACAACUGGAUAAGAGGAAGAGAAAUCAGAAAUUGGACUUCAUCAAUCUAUAGUUUCCUGAGUUGUAGUUUAAUAAUGUGUUGUCACAUGCUCUACAAAUUCCAUGCACUUUUCUAACACUUUGUCCUUAGACACAUAAAAAUGUCUUGAUUAAAUAUAAAGGCAGAUGACAGGUUGCUGCUUUAACCUCAUAAAUGUCAGUCUUGCAUACUUUUCUUUUUAAAGCUAACUUUUAUUCCAUCAUAAAAAACAAAACUUGUAUUUAUGAUACUUUAUAGAAAAGAAUUUUGCUCUUCUGGUUUUAAAGUCUUUUAUUUGUUUUUUUUCCCCUUUGUGUACGGUGACCUUGGGUGUAGAAAGGCGCCAGGAAAUAAAAUUUAUUAUCAUUAUUAUUACCUCAGAAAAACUAAUAACAUUUGAGGAUAAGUCAUAAAUCACUUAUAAAUCACUCUCAGACAUCUCUGAGCCAUAUAUGCUUCACGUAGACCAGGGGUAGGCAACGUCGGUCCUCGAGGGCACCAAUCCAGCAGGUUUUCCAGAUUUCCCAGCUCCAGCACGCCUGACUCAAAUUAAAUGGAUCCAGCAGCCUAUAAGGAUCUCCACAAUGACUUGUUAGUUUAAGUCAGGUGUGUUGGAGCACGGAAAUCUGGAAAACCUGCCGGAUUGGUGCCCUUGAGGACCGAGUUGGCUACCCCUGACAUAGACUGAAUAUAUUUCUAGGAGGACAGCAAUGGGGAGGAUAGCAAUGGGGAGAUUUUAUACUUUGUGUUGAUAUCAUUUCCUAAUUAUGGAAUGAUGGAUUUUCCUAAUUAGUGUUUAGUACUUGUGCUUUUAUGUUUGUUUUUUUGUUGUUUUUUUUUUGUUGUUGUUGUUUUUUCUCAUUUUCUUAUUGUAAUGAAUCAUUUUGGGACAUCAGUGGCAGCUGUCAUAUAUAGCGCUUUCUUGUCAGUUGCUUUCCAAGGUCUACUGUAAAUGUCAUAAUGUGAAGAUUAUCUGGUUUGUUUUAUCUAUAAAUCAGAUGCACAUCUUCUUUUUUUAAGUGUCUGAUUAUCUGAAUUAAUUUUUUUAAUCCUUUUAUAAUGAGAAAAAAAUAAAAUGUUGGUGUUGUGUUUUGUGUUUGUCAAAAUGAGCAGUAUUACUGUUAACAAUAAAGUCAUCACCUAUUUCA